GUCACAGCGAAAAAUUGCACUACUAGGCGCACCACACGCAUACAGCACCGAUAAUGGGGCGCAAUAAGAAGCAGGCGGAUCCCCCCGGCUCCCCCAGACCAUCGGGGUCCGGAACGGAACACUCCAUCCGCUCAUACCUCACCACACCACGGGAUCUCGGGUCACAGCCAGACAUGGAGGCCCCAGACCCAACCGCGGACUCGCCCUCGGCAACUCCCGUGCAAUUCUCCCCGACACCAUCAGACCCACCCUAAACCCAGGGGACACUGGAGAGAGACCUCAGGGCCAUACAACCCACCCUUCUGACGAAGGCAGACCUUGAGGCGCUGUCGGACCGCCUCAGCCAGGUGAUCCUCAACGAGCUGACCGAAGUGAAGGCGGAUAUCCCCAACAUGGACGCCAGGCUGACCGCAACAGAAGCGGACACACGGGCCCUCCGCACGGAAACUGACGCUGCGGUCGACGACGAUCGCAGAAUGAACAGGGGCAACAGAAUGAACCUCCGGGUGCGGGGGGUGAGAGAGAUGGGCCCCAAUGAGAACAUCCCAGAGAUCCUCCGCACAGUUUUCAGUCUCGCCCUGGGGGGACAACAACCCAGAAUAGGCCUCGUACGAGCCCACCGCGCACUCCGUGCACCUCCAGCGCCGGGGGAUCAGCCGUGUGACAUCAUCUGCUGCCUGGAUAACUUUACCCUCAAGGAAGACAUUCUCCGCAACGCCCGCCGAAUGGGCCACAUCAGCCUGGAAGAUCAAGUAGUGACUGUCUACCAAGACCUCUCCCGCUAUACACUGCAAGCCAGGAAGACCCUCCGUCCAGUAACAGCAGCACUCCAGGCAGCGGGUAUCCCGAACCGCUGGGGGUACCCCUUCGCCCUCUCCGCACGCAGGGGACAAGAGCUACACACUAAGACACCGGUGGAUGUCCAGGGAUUUCAACGUGCUCUGGGACUCCCCCCUGCCAGAGUGCAGAAUUGGCUGACCUACCACUUCAUACAGCAAGCGGCAGGCCCUCCACCACCACCGCCUGACAGAUCCGCAAGCAGAGAUCAGCGCAGACACUCGGGACGCCCUGGCCCGGCCAGACCCAAAGAAUAA